AUGGCUUCGACGACCGCGACGUGCUUCUUCAACGACUGCAAGAACCCCGUGCUCCCCGGCUCGUGGAAGUGUGCGUACCACCGCCGCCGCGCCCGCUGCCUCGUGCAAGAGUGCACCAACCAAGUGCACGCGCGCAACCUCUGCGUGCGCCACGGCGGCCAAAAGACGUGCCAGUUUGAGGGCUGCUGCAUGAACGCGCGCAUCCGCGGCUUCUGCUACAAGCACGGCGGCAAGGACAACCGCCGCCGGUGCGCCGUCGACGGCUGCACGCGCAACGCCGCGUACGACCACAAGUGCAUCGCCCACGGUGGCGGCCGGCGCUGCACGACGGAAGGCUGCUCGGCGCAC